AUGGCUCAAAGCAGUCAUCAUCGUCCUCAUCAUAUCCAUGUUGGAGCGAUUCUUGAUAUGGAGUCACCAGUUGGGGAGAUGGCCCAACAAUGCAUGACCAUGGCCAUCUCUGACUUGAAUGCCUCGCCGUCGCACAUUAACCAUCCCCUGAAGUUGAUUCUGCAUCCUAGGAAUUCCAUGGGGCAGCCUCUGAAAGCUCUAUCUUCAGCUGUGGAGCUCUUGGAGAAUGAACGAGUUGACGCACUGAUAGGCCCACAAACAUCUGAAGAAGCCGAGCUUCUGGGAGAACUGGGAGAUAGAGUGCCUAUCAUCUCCUUUUCUGCUAGUAGCCCUCUCUUGUCCAGAGAGAAAAAUCCAAACUUUAUCCGAAUGACAACUAAUGAUAACUCCCAGGUUGGAGCAAUUGCUGCUCUAGUUCAAAAAUUCGGGUGGAGAGAAUUGGUUAUAAUACAUGAGGACAGUUCCUAUGGAAACGGAAUCAUACCUGAUCUUCUUCUCACGUUGCAUGAAGGCAAUGCUCGCGUGGCGCAUCGGACCGUCCUUCCACCACAAGCCAGGGACAUAUAUGUCGAAGCCCAACUCUAUAAACUGAUGGCUCUGUCUGCCAAUAUAUUCAUUGUCCAUAUGUCUGCUUCCCUCGCAUCUCGGUUUUUUAUUAAGGUUAAUGAGUUGGGAUUGAUGAGUACAGGCUAUGGUUGGAUUGUGACUGAUGGGAUAGUAAACGAGCUGCCUGUGAUGGAUCAGUCGGUUUUAGACUCGAUGCAAGGAGUCAUAGGAAUUAGACCUUCUAUUCCACCCUCAGAGCGGCUUCACAACUUCUCAACGAAGUGGAGGAACAACUUCACAAACCAGCAUCAUCAAAUUCCUGAAGUAAAUGUGUAUUGCUUAUGGGCUUAUGAUUCUGUCUGGGCUUUGGCCAAAGCAGUAUAUCAUUUAGGUCCAACAACUUCUAUGCAGAAGAAUGAUUCUGCAAAUGAGCUUGCUCAUCUUGCUGCCAUUCACUCAAGACGAACAGGGUCCGAUCUAGUCCACACAAUUCUACGUGGCAAGUUCACGGGUUUAAGUGGGGAAAUUCAACUUAAGAAUGGACAGCUGCAACAACCGCUAGCAUUUGAAAUAGUUAAUGUUAUUGGAAGAGUCAAGAGAAUCGGAUUUUGGACUCAGUGGAAUGGGAUGACGCAAGGGCUAAAUAGGUCUAACGUUGCAACUCAAUCACCCUCUCUAAGAAAAAUGGGCUCUAUUGGAUGGCCUGGAUCAUCCUCGGCUGUACCAAAAGGUCAAAGGGUUAUGCCAAAGACUGGGAAGAGAAUGAGAAUCGGAGUUCCAAUUAAAAAAGGUUAUAAAGAACUGGUGGGAGUGGAACUCGAUCCUGAGACAAAUGCCACAAUUGUAACGGGCUUGUGCAUAGAUGUGUUCAAGGCUGCAACUGAUUUGUUGCCUUACGAAGUAAAAUUUGACUUCAUUCCCUUUCCAAAUUCAACAACUGGAAGCUAUUAUGAGGAUCUGAUCUACCAUGUAUACCUUCAGCAAUAUGAUGCAGCGGUGGGUGAUAUAACCAUCACAGGAAAUAGAUCGUCCUAUGUGGACUUCACAAUGCCUUUCACAGAAACUGGAGUAGCGAUGAUCGUGCCUAUCGAGACAUCACGAAGCACAAACAUGUGGAUAUUUCUACAGCCUCUCACGGUGGAUCUGUGGUUAGUCAUAGGUGCUUUCUUUGUCUUCACGGGAUGCGUAGUGUGGACAAUUGAGCACGGUGACAACAAUGAGUUCAAGGGACCAUUAGCUCAACAAAUUGGGAUGGUGAUGUGGUAUUCGUUUUCGACACUAUUUUUUGCGCAAAGGGAAAAAUUAAUCAGCAACUUCUCCAAAGUUGUGGUGAUCGUAUGGCUGUUUGUAGUUCUAAUACUAACUUCCAGUUACACUGCAAACCUGAGCUCAAUGCUAACAGUUCAUCAGCUUCAGUCCUCGCCAAAGGGUGAAUCUAUUGGUUUCACUGUCGACAGUAAACUUAUUCAGACAGAUCUGAUCAAUCUACCAUUCAAAAACCCCCAUUUUCCCCCUUUGGAUACGGUUGAAGAUUGUGUGAAUGCUCUGAGAGAUGGAAGCCGGAAUGGUGGUGUCUCAGCAAUUAUUGAUGAAAUUCCUUAUGUAAAGGUCUUCCUUUCCAAGUACUCUGCUCAAUACACCAUGGUUGAGCCCUCAUACAACAGCACCAAUGGAUUUGGCUUUGUUUUUCCUAAGGGGUCACCUUUAGUCCCUGACAUUUCUGCAUCGAUAGCAAAAUUGAGAGAAGAUGGAAAACUUCACUUGAUAAGCCAAAAUUGGUUUCAAAAUCGUUCCUUAUUCACAAAUCAAGAUUCUGCAACAAAAGUUGCUCGACUUGACUUUUACAGUUUUCGCGGUCUCUUUCUUAUCACAGGCAUCACUUCGACUGUUGCUGUGAUAGCAUCCUAUAAAUUCAGGAAGAAACAAUCAACAACUGCACAACAUGAGGUUGCUGAUCAACCUGUUGAAGAGACUUUCCCACCAAUACCGACCAAGAUCAUGGCGCUUAUAUGUGGCAACAUAGCAGGAACUUUGAAGCUUCUUAGGAGUUUCUAUCUGUAG